UGUUUGCGCUAGGAUAUUGGUGUUCUGUGGUUUGCGGUACCAAACUGCCAACUUUUGAAACUUAUUUUUUCAUUCCUAAAGUUUAUUUAUUGUAAUUUGAUGGGUUUAGCAAUAUAUAAUUUCUUAGAAUAUGCCCAAAUCCAUUCUAUUUAUUUCCUUACUAAUAUUGUCACGGGCUGUUACUUUGAAGUAUGAUAAAAAUGGUUAUAUUGCGUACUGUCCUUGUAUGGGGAGGUUUGGGAAUCAAGCUGAUCAUUUUUUAGGUGCAUUGGCAUUUAGUAAAGGUGUAAACAGAACUCUUAUCCUUCCACCAUGGAUUGAGUACCGAUUCGGAGAAUCAAAAUCUGUACAAGUUCCUUUUGACACUUAUUUUAGGGUUGAUCUAUUGAAACAAUAUCACAGCGUUAUUACUAUGAAUUAUUUUAUGGAACACAUUGCAUCUACUCUCUGGCCAAAAGAUAAAAGAAUAUCAUUCUGUUAUACAAAAAGAGGUCAAGAGGGUACAAGUUGUAAUGCAAAAUCUGGUAAUCCUUUUGGACCAUUUUGGGAUUCAUUUAAUAUAGAUUUUGUUGGAUCUGAAUUUUAUGGCCCUUUGAACUAUGAUGCUCACAAUGUGGUAAUGAUGGAGAAAUGGAAACUAAAAUACUCUUCCGAUACCUGGCCAGUUUUAGCUUUUACAGGGGCUCCUGCAAGUUUUCCUGUUCAGAAGGAAAAUCUGAUUUUACAAAAAUAUAUGACAUGGAAUGGCGACCUUGUCAGUAGAUCUAAGCUGUUCAUAAAAAAAUAUAUGAGUGGGGGUGGCUUCUUGGGUAUCCACCUCAGAAAUGGUAAAGAUUGGGUCAAAGCUUGUCACCAUGUCCAGGACAGUCCAACAUUAUUUUCUGCACCACAAUGUGUUGGAUAUAAAAAUGAAAGAGGCCCUUUAACAUUGUCUAUGUGUUUUCCUGAACAAGCUGAUGUCAUAAAGCAAGUAAAGAGAGCUUUAAAAAAACUUGAGGAUAUCAAAUAUCUCUUUAUUGCAUCGGAUUCAAACCACAUGGUGAAGGAAUUCAAUUCAGCCUUGGAUGGUUUUGCCAUAAAAACAAUAACUCUACAUCCAUCAAAUCCUCAUUUAGAUUUAGCUAUUUUGGGACAAGCGAACUAUUUUAUUGGAAAUUGUGUAUCUUCUUUCACUGCAUUUGUAAAACGAGAAAGAGAUGUGCAGGGUCUUCCAUCAGAAUUUUGGUCAUUUCCACAUCGCAAGAAAAUGAAACAUGAAGAUCUUUAACAAACAAUUACAUUACAUGUAAGCAUCACUAAGUGCCUUUUUAAAUGAGAUAAAAUCAUGGAUAAUGUUUUCUUUUUUUUUGCUAAUUUUGGUACUAAAUUGAUAAUUAAAAUGUUUGAAGCAGUACUCCCUGUGAUUGGCAUGCUAUUAUUAUGCUAUUCAUUAUUAUGAACUGUAUUAGCAUAUAAAAGUAGAGUUUAAAGUUGCAGUUAAGUAGAAUUCCUAAAAUGUUUUCCUCUGUAAUGUAGUUUAUUGUUAAUUAAGCAUGUGAUUUAUAUUUACAGAACAUAAAAUUCUACAAUGUGCCUUUUGUA